AUGAUCCGCAAUGAAACGCGUCUGGAUUUCAACACAGCGCUUGCAGAUAAACUUGUCAAUGGUGUACAUGGCUUCGAGGCAAUGGAAUCAAUGACAAGCAAAACAAGAAUGGUACGAGCUGUAACGAAGCAUUCACUUACUCGUCAUUUGGGGACAUUUGUUGAGCCACUUAAUGAAGAGUCCGACUAUGCACUUCGUCAGGUCUGGACUGACGAACCUGAAUGGCACGAAGUUAUGUUGAAAGACUGCGUGUGGAAAAUAUUUGGACAGAUAAUGUCUAGGACUUUCAUCAACGACAAAGACUUUUAUCGCAACCCAGAGUGGGUGCAUGCGAGCUCUGAGUAUGUGGAGCUAUCAGCUUUGGCCGGAUAUGAGCUUCGAGCCUUCCCGAAAUGGGCAAAGAAAUUUGCCGCACCUUUUCUUCCAAGUUGUCAGAAGCUUCAGUCCCUCUUCGAUCAUAUCAAUCUGCUGUUGAAGCCUUUGAAGAAAAAGCUAGACGAGGAAAAGCUGGAAAUUGACCCCAGUAAUCCCUUAAGCUUCUUACAUCAAAAGCUUGAAGGUCGUUCAGAUGAGCUUGGGUCUAUGUUAAUUGCUCUCUGUCUCGUGUCAUACGACGGAGGAGGCGAAUUGUUUACUCAUGUUCUUCAUUCCGUUUGGAGGAAUGAUCAGCUUAUAAGGGAUCUUCGUUCUGAGGUUAUAAAUGUGGUUGGAAAUGAGGGCUUCAACAAGAACACCUUACAGAAUCUCGUUCUCAUGGACAGUGUCCUGAAGGAGGCUAUGCGUAUGCAUCCAGAGUCCGUUCUCCAAAUGCAACGAAUCGCUUUAGAGGAAGUCGUGUUACCAGAUGGACUCAUUAUCCCCAAAGGAACUCCACUCUUGGUAUCGGGUUGCCAUAUGCUCGACGCUUCAGUGUGGCCUGAUGGUGACCAAUUUGAUGGCUACCGAUUUUACAAUCUACGCCAAAAAGCAGACUCUUCUGCAAGCCAGGCAUCAUACAACUUCACAUCAACUUCUAAAGACCAUUUCGGUUUCGGCCACGGAUCUCAAGCAUGCCCUGGGAGGUUUUUUGCAUCGUAUAUGCAAAAGAUACUCCUCUGCCAUGUGAUAAUGAAGUAUGACGUUUUGGUCACGAUUCCUGAAGAAGGCGCGUGGUUUCAACGUGGAGCCACUCAUGUGGCCCAUCCAGGCUUGAAAGCCCGUGUCAGGCGAAGGAAAGAGGAGAUAAAACUGUGGUGA